AUGACGAGUCGCUGGCUUGAAGAGACAUGUUUUUUUGUUUUGUUUUGUUUCUGUAGAUGUACAGACUCGAAACUCUUUAGCUGUCAUUGGGUGCCCUUUCUUCUCUCGUGGUUUGAUGCCAGACAAAACGGCACUCCGAUCAAUUCUUGCAACCAGACACGAAUUAACUCCCCUGGAUUCCUAUCGAGUCCUGGUUACCCAAGAGCGUAUGCGGGUCACACCAAUUGUUUUUAUCAUUUAAAGGCACCGAGUGACAACAAAAUCAAACUGGAAUUUCUCGUGUUUGAUAUUCAAAGCAACACCCAUUGUCGAUACAAUUACUUGCAGAUAUUUGAUGGGCCAGACAUGUCCUAUCCACACAGCGAAAAGCACUGCGGGAAUCAGGAUCUGGGAUUUUAUUAUUCCACUGCCCCCGAAAUACUGAUUCGAUUUGUAUCGACAAGCUCCUAUUACAGCGGUGCAGGCUUUCACGUUCGAUUUAGCUUCCACACCUCGUUCACUACAGACCACAGCAACCAAUCAGGCUCUGAUGAUAUUAUUGAACCAAUGGAUGGUAAGUUGAAAAAUCAGAGUUCUUGA